CUUAUAUUCUUCUAUAACCCAGCGCUAUUGUGACCAUGGCGAUAGAGACACUACACGACGGCAUGCAGCGCAGAUUCUCGGCCGGCAACUCUGGGCAGCUACCACUGCCGUCACCGAUGAGCACCAGAUCGGCAUCCAGCUCGUCCUCCAGCAAGCGGCUAAUCCAGAUACUGCAAUACCUGAAUCCGCUGUACUAUGCUCGCAUCGCGCAGACAUUUCUGGCCUCGGUGCUCGAGGUCUAUGGGCUGUCAGGCACUCAAUCUUCAGGACGCAUUGCAGGCACUGGCCAUGACAACGGCGAGUCGAUGAUGGGCUACGAGUCACUGCAAGACGACCCCGCUGGUGCCAAUGCGCAUCAUUACAUCACUGCCAAUUACCUGCCGCCUGAUGUCUCCGACCAGAUCACCUAUCUGCCGAACCUGAAUCUGGGCGACGAGUACAGGCACUCGACUCUAGUGGCUGAUGGAUUAACGCCCUUCACAGAUGCAGUGCUGGAACCACUCUCGGCAUCUGCUACUCCGAAGCCAUCUCUCGAUGCAGCUGACGAGUGCCCAAGCCCUAAAGCCGAUGAUGCCACACCUGAAGAGGAUCCUGCCCCCGAAAGCAACAACACUUCACCAGAAGCUACUGCUGUUGAUAGCAACAAGAGCCCCGAACCAGCAGAGCAGCCUGUAGUGGAAAGUGGCGAUGAUUCUCCUACUGAAGGGGUUGAUGCUGCGUGCGAUGGCGCUCCUGAGGCAGCACUCAACGAUGGACGCGCUAAUAAUGAGGAGGAUAUUCAUUCAGAGAGAUCAACACAGUGCUCUGAGACGCCCACCGUGCGAGCUGCAAGUCCUAGGGAACCAGCACCAGCCAAGAACAAGAACCGGCCCAACGGCGGUCGCAAGAGCAAACGAAACAGAAGCAAUCGCAGGUCCAAGGUCGUAGCCACCUAG